CUUAAUCAGCUCGGAGCUUAUCAGUCGCUGAGAUGGUGAUGGUUGUGUUAGAGGCAUGCUAAUGCAUGAUGAUGCUCCAUGAUUGACAGCUAUUUAUUUCUCAUGCUGCUGCCUUUUUCUUGCUCUUGCAAAAAUCGUUCAUUUUCGCUGGCCGCUUUCGUGGUGCCUUUUCGAUUUGUCCCAUUAACACAUACAGUUUGUCAUGCCAUAUGACAAGGCUCGAAAAGGCGCUCGCACAUGAGAAAUUCCUCCUUCCAUUUAUUGAGCUUCGUCUUCGUCGAGUUUAUGAAAAGAAAAGGGUGGUUUCUGAGUUCUUAACUCUGCUUUGUGGUAGUAGUGGUUGGAGUAGUUCGUGACAGUGACAAAAUCUAGCUCCACACUGAAUCACUGACUGCAUUUUGUGGCGUGCAGUGCCAUGUUUUUCCUCUGAGUUAGGUUUCUGAGCUGUUCUCACACAUUUUUUCUUCCCUCUGUCCCAGCUGAUCUACAUAGAUCUGUUCUUUUCGAUAGUUGAGACACAGCAUCAAUUGAGCUUCCGAGAUUUGUGUUCUGGGUGUUGAUCCUUUUUGGAUUAAAUGGGGAAGAUGGUGAGUUUUGGCAAGAUUUUGGAGUGUUUCAGCCUCUCAUCACCAGCUGGUUCGUGCUCCUGUUUCUGCAUGAACGCCAUGGAUGAUUCAUUGGAAGGCCGUGGUCAGGACAUGGAGAGCAAGCCACUGAUCACAAGCGACAGCAAGCAGAUGAUGAGGCUCAAGGACUUGAUUGACGGGACUCAUCAGACUCUGGCGUUUCAGCUGAAGCCCAAGAUGGUGACUUUGAGAGUGGCCAUGCAUUGCCAUGGGUGUGCAAGAAGAGUGGAGAAGCAUAUCUCAAAGAUGGAUGGAGUGAUCUCUUACAAAAUAGACCUGGAGAGCAAGAUGGUGGUGGUGAUUGGAGAUAUAAUCCCUUUUGAAGUUCUUGAGAGUGUCUCCAAGGUCAAGUAUGCAGAGCUAUGGAGUGCCUGAAAGUAAUAGCAGAAAAUGGUAAAAUAAAUAUCAAGAGCUCCAUUAGAUUCACCCAUUUGCAGUCGAGAUCUUCAAAGAGCUCUAGCACCACAACAAAGAAAAGGAGAUUAUAGAAAAAUUCGUACAUCCUUUUACUCGUGAUCAUUGACGAAUAUUACAGUUGGAAUGAGCACAACAGGUACUGUGGAAUAUGCAUCAGCAGAGAAAGUUGAGUGCGCACUUGGCAAUGCGAGCUGCUGCUUACCUUUUCAUGUGGCUUUAUGUUCUCGUGUUCGAUUUUGUACUGAUGUAAAGAAUGACCGGCAAGAUGGAUUGCUCUAUCACACAAAAACUUUGAAAUCAUAUGCAUUAUGAAAAUUGGUAUUUGCCAUUGAUAA